AUGACUACUACCGAAUUGUGUGUGGGCAUUGUUUCUAUCAUUCCCAACGCCUCCGCACGAAAAUGGUCAAUCGUCGAAAUGCAGACAUGCCUUUUGGUGAUUAUCUCGCUGUCGAUGUCAUCUAUGGCGUGGGGUCAAUGGAGAACUUACCAGCGAUCUCACACGUUAUCUCUACUACCGACAAACUCCACAAUGCGAUUGUGUAGAGAUUUCAUGAAUCCGAGCAGGUUCCAAAAAAUCCUCAAGCAUUUCUUAGUUCCACGGGUGGUGGAUACGCCUUCGCAUCGACGCGUGGGAGAGUAUAUCCACAAUUACUUCGUUAAAUUGGGAUGGACAACCGAAUGGGAUCAAUUUGAGGAAAAUACACCAUACGGUCGCAAAACUUUUCGCAACCUUAUAGUGACAAAUGGAGUGAAGGCACCGCGUCGCCUGGUACUAGCGUGUCAUUAUGAUUCUAAGAUUUUACCAGGGAAGGUGAUGAUUGCCGCCACAGAUUCAGCAGUACCAUGCGCUAUGAUGAUGGACAUCGCUAGAACUCUUACCCCCUAUAUGUACAGGAGAGUUGCCGCUGAUGUUGCGCUACAACUCAUCUUUUUCGAUGGAGAAGAGGCUUUUGUUGAAUGGUCAGCCACCGAUUCUCUUUAUGGAUCUCGUCAUUUGGCAAAAAAAUGGGAGGCUAAAUGGUAUCCGACGACAACCGGUACCAAUUUUGAACUGAGUCGCGAGAUAGAUCGAAUUGAUGUCAUGAUGCUUCUCGAUCUUAUCGGAGCUGCAAACCCAGGCUUCCACAAUGCUGCUGGGUUAGGUGCUAAUCAGUUGUUCGCGUAUUUACCUGCAAUAGAAGCCGAACUUCUGCAACUUGGCUGUCUUGGAGCUGUACGCAACGUCUUUUACCCGCAGCUAUCCUAUCAUGCAGUUGAAGAUGACCAUGUUCCAUUCAUGACGAGGGGAGUUCCUAUCCUUCACUUGAUCUCGGUACCGUUUCCAAGAGUGUGGCACACGGAUAAGGAUGACGAGAGUGCUCUCCACUAUCCUACGAUCUAUCAUAUUACCUCAGUUAUUAGGGUAUUUGUAGCGAAAUACCUAGGAAUUGCUCCCAUAUAA